ACGUGUUUAUUUAUAUGUUGACUUUUUUUGGCAACUGGCAGCACCACGAUUCAACUGAUGCGAUGACAGUCCAAUAAGAUCAAAAUACACUUGUACUAAAUUUGCAACAGAUUGAAAUAAAUUUUGGUUUAAUAAUUUACAAAAAUGAGUUCUAAUAGCAGGUGUGCACUAUAAAUUUAAAAAGUGUUUAAAAUGAAAUUUAAUUAUAUUAUCAAUGUAAUGCUAAUAUAACACAGUAUUGUGUAAAUUACUCUAUAAAAUUAUUCGAGGUGAACUUUGACACAAAUAAGGUACUCAACUUUCACUAUUGACAAAUUAAAUAAAAUCAUAUAACCAAAAAAUGGCUACAAGAAGGCGACCUUUACGCCCAACUGGACCAAGUUCGUCCAAUUUUCGCCCUGGUGGGCCUGAUAUAACACGUGCUGAAGCAAAGGGGACAAGACCUACAGCACCACCAACAAGUGUGCGAGAAAUCUUUGUCAUGAUGGUGAUGCAUGCAUGCAAGAAAACAAUUUUCUUCGACAUAAAUUUAAAAGUAGCAUUAUACUUAGGUAGCCUUUUUGUUGUUUCGUUAAUUGGUGAUUUUGUGCCAUUUCCAAAGACUUACUUCGCACGUUCGGAUAAUUUAUUCAAUGUAUAUUUUGUGAAAAUUGGCUGGGGAUGGACAUUGCUACUCAGCAUACCUUUUAUAUUUAUGACUUCUUACACUUUGUGUUGUGGUGAUGGCAAACAGUUUUUAAAACAUCAUUUGCCUCGCAUAUUAAUAGCAACAUUUUUCUGGUUCUUCUGGACAAAGAUGUUCAAUAUAAUUGAAACUGCUUAUGGCAAAUGCACAGUUAAAGGUUUUCAUACCAAAUCCAGUUGUCUUAAGGAUGGACACUUAUGGCACGGUUUUGAUAUAUCUGGUCACGCUUUUAUAUUAAUACACUCUAGUCUUGUACUUAUUGAAGAGGCACGUCCAAUAUUGCGUUGGGAAUCAAUUAAAGAGCAUAUAAGAAAUGAGUUACACGAUCGUAGCAUUUCUGAGCACUCAAGUACGAAUCCUUUGCGUAAUCUUAGCUCGGAACAGAUAAGAAAUUUAAAGUUUUUGUACGAACGUUUAACACCAGCCAUACGUACCUUGUUCAUUGGAAUAUCUGCACUGCAACUAUUGUGGGAUGUGAUGCUAGUUGUGACUAUGUUAUAUUAUCAUAGAAUGAUUGAAAAAGUAUUAAGUGGUAUUUUAGCUAUUUUGACUUGGUAUUUUACAUACAGGUUUUGGUAUCGUACAAAUGUGUUACCAGAUCCACCAGGUAGUGGUUCGUUUUUUUAUCAACGUGAAAAUAAAGAUAUUUUUGUUUAUAAACGCACACCAAGUAUGACAAGUUACACUGGUCCUUCGACGAGUACCGGUAUAAGAAGCGGUAAUAGUGGCACAGGUGCAGGAACAACGCAAACACAAGUACCAACAUUUAUGGGAAUGCCAAUUUAUGUUAAAUCAAAACCUAAUGCAAGCGGAAAUCAAUCGACUGAUCUAUCAACGUAGUUGAAACAAUCUAUUCAUUGAAUUAAAACUAACCCUGGUUGUAAUUAAAAUUUAUUAAGCAAAAAUGAAAUAGAUAAACCAAAAUGAGAA